AUGGACGAAUAUUUUGGCUUGUUGAACCGACAGUCCGAACACAUAAAACUUGCUAGGGAGAAACCACAGGAUAACUGGCUUCCUUUUCUGAACAUCCAGGUUUGCAUCUCAAACGGUACGUACCAAACGAAAUGGUAUCGUAAGCCGAGUAACAAAAACAUCUUGGUUCAUUUUCUUUCUGCUCAUCCAUUUCACAUGAAGAAAGCUGUGCUUAACAACAUGUUCCGCACGGCAAGAACUGUUUGUAGUGGACCUGAGGAGAGAAAGGAAUCAUUAACUUUGGCUCACGAAAUUGCUGUUUCGAAUGGUUAUGAAGUCCGAACGUCUGAAACGAGACGAUACCGAAGUGAACGAGCACGGCAAGUGGAAAACCCCACCACAGAUAAGAUACCUCUUUGCUUUCCUUACAUCUCCGAUGAAGUGAGCGCUGCCAUUAGGCGGUGUCUGAGGAGAGCAGACUUGGAUAGCUCCGUUUCGGUCGUUGAAAUACCACCGAACAAUUUGAAACAUCAAUUAGUUCGGAAUCGUUUAUACGAUACCAUCUGUACAACACCGAACUGUAUUAUUUGUCCCACAGGUAGAUCAGGAGACUGCUUGAGAUCCGGGGUAAUCUACCUGAUUUCUUGCACGAACUGUGGCGACGAGUAUAUCGGUGAAACGGCACGACCGCUGUAUGUCCGCAUCAAAGAGCACUUGAGCGGCAAGAAUAGGUUACGAGGAUGGACACCUUUAGGUGCCCAUAGAACACAAAAACACGACGGAGCCGAUUUUGAAAUUAGGGUCCAAAUCUUAGCGCACGAAACUAAAACGUUGGCUCGAAAAUCGCUGGAGGCAUUUUGGAUCCAAGCCAAAAAUCCUAAAAUGAACCGCAAGGGUGAAUGUCUGUCGAUAACGCGGGAACUCGCGCCAUAUCUCGAAUGGUUUGUGCGAUCCGAAUGUGACAUUCGAACCAUUCGCCCUCGUGAUCGAUCAGUCAGCGGUCCAUGCUAG